AAGUAUUUUCUCAUCCGUAAAACACUGUACCUGAAGUCUAUUACCACUGUAAUCGUUUCAGAUCUCACCAUCAAAAUCAUCUAAUUCUCCAUUAAGCAAACAAAUUUCAAUUGAAAAAAUUGAAAUUUGACUAGAUUUAUUUAAUUUAUAAAAUAAAAAAACUUAUUUAGAUAAAAAUUAUAAAAAAAAAUGAAAAAAUGAAAAUUUUGUGAUUUGCAGCAAUUGAGUUGAGUGGAAAUGGAAAAGAAAAAUGGUGAUGAUUCUUCUCCGGUGGUGAAGCUCAGUGAUUGUUUGGAAGAGCUUCUCAACUUCACUCUCAAUUAUCACUCUAAUCUUCUCAAUCUCCAAACCCAAUUUUGCUCUACUCUCCUCAAACAACAAGAAAAUGAUUCUUUUUCUUAUUUUGAUUCUUUGGAAGGUGUGCCACCAUAUCCUUUAUACAAGCGUCUUGCUUCAGCUCUGUUGAAGUGUAUUGAUUCUCAAGUAUUUUGUAGUAAAAGCUGCAAUUUUGAGAUGAUGAACAAUGAAUUUGAAAAUUCUACCAUGCAGAAGAAACAUAAUGAAUGGCAAAAAUUGAUUUUGGAAAAAGGGUCUGAAAUAGUUAAUAUUUUGAAGAGUGUUUCCUUUGAACUCCAUGUCCAAGAACCUUUUUUUACACAGCUAAAAGAUGGCCUGAAAACAAUUGAGGGGAGGUGUGCCAGUGACAAAUACAACAGGAUUGAAUUAGGAAAUCUGAUUCUCUUAAAUAAGUCUGUGGUGUUUGAAGUUCAGGGAGUAAGGCGGUAUCCUUCAUUUUUUAACAUGUUGGAGACAGAAAACCUUGGAGAAGUUCUUCCAGGAGUUGAAAGUGUUGAAGAAGGUGUAAAGAUCUAUCGGAGAUUUUACACAGAAGAGAAGGAACAGACAAAUGGCGUUCUUGCAAUUACUGUAUCAAAACUCCCGGUUCAACCAUACACUUCUUUGGCUAGCUUAUUUUCUGGAUUAAGCUAUGAGGGCAUUCAAGGUCUUCUCGGUCUAAUGCAUACCAUUGGCACAGUUCCUAAUGCACUUCCGCCACCAAGAUCAAUUCUGUUAGCAUCAUUUAAUUUACCAUGCAAUCCCAACGAAAAUGCCUUGACUGAUGGAGCUCGGGCAUUGGCCAAGCAUGCCUGUAGGAGUAGCAGUGGUUAUUGGGGUUCUCUGGUUGGGAAUGAUUCUAAUAAAAAUAAGCUUGCAAUGGAUGUUAUUAACAACUUAAUAGAACAUUGUUGUUGGAUGAAUAUACACAUAGUCCCGCCACAUGGAAAUGUCUUUGAAAUAAGGGUUGCUGAUGGAUAUGGUGCACGUUGGACAGAAGAUGGAAGCAAGUUUAUUGGAUUUUUAGAGCCAUACAUGCAAGAUGGUCACUCAAAGGGAUGGAAGCAUUAGUUCUGCUAGCCAGACCAUAGCAGCCAGCUACACCUAUGUAAUAGAAUGCCAUUUUCCUUUUAGCUUUUGAUGAAUUGCUAUUAUGUGCAGUAUUUGUUUUUUUGCCGCUACUUUUCUCGGCAAUUGUUAUUUAGCUAACAACCAACUCUCAUACCCUCAUAAAUGAUAUGUUUUAUACAUACUUUUGUUUA